UGUUCCGUUUUAAUGCAGACAACAAUUUUGACACCUAAUUUGAGUUUCAUUUAAUUAUUUGUUUCUUACAAUAAUAAAUACGUUCAAGAAUAAGAAUAAGAAGCACAUUGCCUUAGCCUAAAAUUUAGAAAGCAGAGAUGGGUGUUUGUUAUCGAUAGUAGAUUGUUACUAAUCGAUAGUUGAUUAGUAAAUAUCGCGCCAAAUUAUUGAAGAUAUGUCUAUGUAAAGAUUUGACAAAUAUUGUAACUAGGAAAAACUGAAUAUGAAUGUCAAGAAAAGGCCAAUGCGUUACGCCCAUACUGAUGGCCACACGGACGUAUGCUAUUCUGAUAAUGGAAAGUACAUUCUUACCUGUGGAAUUGAUGGAGAUGUGAGAAUUUGGGCUGGCUUAGAAGAUGAUGAUCCAUCUUCACAGUGUGUUGGAGAACAAGCAUUAACAGUCGUCUGUAAGAAUGAUCAUUAUUAUGUUGGAACUGAUAAUAAUAAUGUACAAGCAUAUAGUUUUCCUGGAUCAGAUCGAGAUGGAAUUAUAUCACGCUUCACUGCAGCUGUCACACAUAUUGCUAUCAGUAAUGAUGGCAAGAGAAUUGUUGCAGGAUCCAGUGAUAUGGAGAUCCAUGUCAGCAAUGUUGGCACUUCAAAGACUACAGUUUUAACAGGACAUAAGGCUCCUAUUCUUGGGGUUGCCUUAGAUCCAAAGGAUAAAUAUGUGGCAUCAUCGAGCUGUGAUGGGACAGUACGUGUAUGGACAAUUGAUGAUACCCAGACCGUGCAUUCGUGGAAUUGUGUUCCUGUAUGCAAUGCCUUCUUGGCAGCUAAGUGCCUUGGACGUCCAUCAUGGCAGCCCAAGACUGGACACUAUUUGGCUGUGCCUCAUGGAAAAGAGAUUCGAAUCUAUGAGAGAGAGACAUGGAAUAAGGUCUUAUCUUUUUCUCACGACCAAGUGAAACAGGAUUUUUCAAUCUCAGCAUAUUCUCCUUGCGGCAACUAUUUGGCAGGUUGUACAUCAGGUGGAGACAUCUGUGUGUGGAAUGUGAACCUCCAUACCUGUGUCAUGAGCACUCGACAUGAUCGUGGAUACAGAAUUUGUGGACUGGCAUGGAACCCAGGUGGCAACGGUGAGAUUGCUUAUUGUGAUGUCAUGGGCCAGUUGGGCACUAUCGAGGAUUGCAUACCUUCUGCUUCUCAAGACAACUCAUCUGUUACACAGGAGAAGACCAUGACAGUUGAUGACAUGAUCCACCUGAACCCAAUUGAUGAUGAUGAUGAUGAUGAUAAUGAAAAUGUAAUUUCCUUGGAUAAGAUCAAAGCAGAACUUUCACAGCCAUCGUUUUUUGGUGACAAUGACAAGUUGAGCCAUGCAGGUGUGAACAUUGCAGAUGAUGAUGAUGAUGUUGAAAGUAAAAUAAGUGGAGUAGCCAGAAUUGCUCCGGUGUGUGAUCUCCAGCCCCCAUUUCAGCCUUCAUCUACACCGGUCCAUUUGCAACACAGAUUCAUGGUGUGGAAUUCUGUUGGCAUUGUACGUUGUUACAGCACUGAAGAUGAGAACUCUGUUGACGUGGAAUUCCAUGACACAUCCUUGCAUCAUGCCCUCCACAUUAAUAAUUUUUUUAAACACACCAUGGCAACAUUAACCGAUGAAGUUUUAGUCUUGGCAUGUGAGAUUCAGGAUGAGGCUCCAAGCAAAGUGGUAUGUGUGCUGUUGAAUUCAUGGGAUGGCAGCAAAGAGUGGAGUGUAGACCUGCCUGAAGGAGAAGAGGCCCUGGCAAUUGCAGCUGGUAAAGGUUGGCUUGCUGUUGCUACUGACACAAGAAACCUGCGGCUGUUCACUGUUGCAGGAACUCAACGAGAAGUGGUCUCUCUGCCAGGUCCAGUAGUAUGUGUUGCUGGUCACAGAAACAGACUGUUGACUGUUUUCCACAAUGGCAUGGGUCUUCCAGGUGACCAGAGUCUUGGAUUCGCUGUAUUUUCACUGGGUUCAGGACAGUUACAGGUUCUUACAGCUUUUCAGCCACUUUCCAUGACGCCAAAAUCAACUCUGAAGUGGGCAGGCUUUUCUGAUGAGGGAACACCAUUUACAUUAGACUCAGCUGGAAUUAUUCGCAUGUUUUCAAGGAAAAGUUUCUGGCUUCCUCUUUGUGAUACUCAAGCUCAUUGUAAAGGAAAAUCAGAUCAUUACUUUGUGCUUGGGAUAAGCGAAAAAUGCCAGAAUGUUCGCUGUGUUCUUUGUAAAGGCUCAUAUUAUCCGCCUACUACUCCUCGACCAGCUGUUGCAGAGAUUUCACUGAAGUUACCGAUGUGUGAGGCAACAACAGAGAAGAGUGUUAUGGAGGAGAGAUUCUGGCGAUUACAACUUGCAUGUUCAACAACUGGUGACAUGUGCAAGAUGGGACUUGAUUCAUUCAAUGAUAAGGAUGCCCUGGACAGAAGUAUAAAGGAGACAGUUAUAAAGUUAUUUGCGCUAGCAUGCAGAAGUGGAUUUGAAUACAGAGCUGUUGAGAUUUGUGAUUUGAUGCCCUCACAUCAUGUGGUCCAACUUGCUAUGAAGUAUGCAUCCAAACUGGGCAAAAUGAAUCUUGCUGAUAAGGUUGCAGAAGUGGCUACUCGCAAGGUGGACGAGAGAGAACAAGGCUUCCAGAAUGAUCAAGUUGAUAAUAUUUAUACAUUAAGGUACGCAUCAGACAUGGAGUCCCGUUUUCUGCCUUCUAGAAGCAUGUCCCUUGAAGAGAGCUCGAGUACAUAUGGUACCAAAGUAAAUCAUCUUUUAGAAAAUGCUACCAAUGCAUCUACAGAGUCAGAAAGUCUGCUUCUGGCAGCUACAAAACAAAAGAAAUGUGAGGCUCAGACAGAGAUCAAGCCGCUUAUGUCUCUGGGUCAAAAGAGACUUAAUCCAUUUAAAAAGUCAGUUGCCAGGGUAGAAAGCAGCAGAGGUUUGGCAAAUCUUGAUGCUUUAUAUGCACAGCAGAAGUCCGAUAAAAACAAGUGUAAUUCUAUUCUGGAGCAGCCUCCACCACCACAAAAAACAAAGAUUAAACAAACAACACUGUCAGCACUCAAACCAGCUGAUUCACCUGCAGUGCGAACAACUGCCAAAAAACUACCCACCUUCUUUGAAUGGUAUGAAAAAGAAAAGGAUGCUCUUGCAGAGGAAUUCCCAGACCUGAGUGCUUCAGAGUUAUCACGCCAGGGCAUGAAGAGGUUCAAAGGGUCAAUACAGAGUGAUACACAGGUCCCAGUAACUAAUAGUUCUGCAGAAAGCCAGACUCCAGUACCAGAGACCAAAAAGAGGAAAUCAGAAGAAGAAUCUGGGUUACAUGAAGAAAAUCCACCAAAAAAGACAAUUACAUCUUCUUCCUCUAAGCUAAUGGCCUUUGCUUUUAAGAAGUCAUGAAUUUCUGAGACAGAUUUAUGGGUUCUAUUUUAUAAAUGUGCCAGACUGCUUGUAGACUGGGUAGAUUGUAUAAUUCACUGUGUAUGUUACUUCCUAACUGACAGAGUGGGUUAUAUUUAUAAAUAAAAGUUUGGCAUUAAGAUUCUUUUAUUUA